UCUCAGGAGAGAUAUAUAAAUACAAGUACUUGUCAUGUCAGUGCUUAGCAGGGUUACUAAUGGCUGGAGACGCAUAACCUGUGUUGGCAUUGUGGAGUCUCAUCUCGGCAGUGUCCCUAAUGGUCUAAGGAACCAUAGGCAGUCUCUUCUUCUGUCUAUCUAGUCUGGCCUAUGUUUUCUGAUCUCUGUUUCAAGGCUUGAAGGAGGGCUUUGCAGGGAGUAGUCUUUAGGGUCGAUUCAUGGCUGCAGUGCCAGUUUUGUUGUACGAUGGAGACUUUUCGGAGUCUGAAUCUCUAUGUGUUACAAGUCUCAGAACCAAUAACAGUGCAUGGGAGACAUGGUUGAGAGGGGAAGAGGAACGGAGGAACAGGGUCCGAGUUGUAGGAGAGAUUUGGCGAUGGUGUCAUCUUCUUCUGCAUGUUAUACAAGUCCAUUACCCGUUAGAGAGGCACCACCGAACUACCGUCCAUAUCCAUCCCCACUUGCGAAGUACCAGGAUGUUAUAGCAGACCGAAAGCUUUUCAUGGAUUCCCUGGAGAAGCUCCAUAGUACGAUGGGAACCAAGUUUAUGAUCCCAAUAAUAGGUGGCAAGGAACUAGACUUACAUCGGCUCUUUGUAGAGGUUACGUCCCGUGGUGGUCUCGAACAGGUCAUUAGAGAGAGGAGAUGGAAAGAAGUAACCGCUGUUUUCAGUUUUCCCUCUACAGCUACAAAUGCAUCUUUUGUCCUGCGCAAGUACUACAUUUCCUUGCUUCAUCACUUUGAGCAGAUCUACUUCUUUGGAGCCCAAGGUUGGACCUCACCACCGGCUGUUCCUUUGCAGACUUCUCCCGUGCCAGUUCAACCUCAAAGGUCAGUUGAACCAGUGCUACCAUCAGCAGAAGCUCAAGCGAGUAUGACUGUCAAACGAAGGAAAAGUUGUGUGGAGUUCUCAACUGGUGCAAGUACAUCUCCGCCAACGGGUUGUCCUGUGGUCGGUGUCAUUGAUGGAAAAUUUGAACAUGGUUAUCUUGUCAGUGUUAUGGUUGGUACACAGCAGCUAAAAGGUGUUCUGUAUCAUGCUAAUGAACUCUCAGUUGGCCAGGUGCCACAAUACUCUGGUUUUCUUGCCAAUAAUAGUACCAGGGAUGCUGCAGCAGCAGGCACAGGCCGCCGUAGGCGUCGAAAGAAAUCAGAGAUGAGAAGGCGGGAUCCUGCCCACCCAAAACCUAACAGAAGUGGCUAUAACUUUUUCUUUGCUGAGCAGCAUGCGAGGCUGAAACUACUUCAUCCUGGAAAGGAUAGAGAAAUCAGUAAGAUGAUUGGUGAAUUAUGGAACAAACUGACGGAGACUGAGAAAGCGGUUUAUCAGGAAAAAGGCUUUAAGGAUAAAGAGAGGUACAGAAGUGAAAUGGAGGUAUACAGGGAGAGACAGAGAACUGGAAGUGUUAUCAGUGAUGCUGUUCCAAUCCAGCAGAGGCAUGUGGUGCCGGAUGUAGCAAUGGUGGAAGCACAUCCAAACAUGAAUGCUGAAGAAGGUGACUCCCUUCAAACAAUUGAGACUGACACUAGUUCUGGACUAUCUGUUUCUGAGGAGGAGAAGACUGCGGGCAAGGACUCAGAAGUUGAAAAAUCUCCAGUGGCAGCAAAUGGUUCUGAAUCUAUCAAUGUAGCUCCGGGUGUCUCAACUGAGGGAGAUGAUUUUGAGUUGCGGAAGAGGGAUCUGAAUGUAGAUGAGAACAAGGUUCAGGGCCAAUAAAAUAAGAAUCAGUUGCUUGUGAGGACAUUGAUCUGUCGAGGAAAUUGAUAUAUUCUUGAAAGGAUUUCGGCUUCAGUCAUUCAUCACUUUGUGAUGUAUGUGUAGAAUCAGGUCAUCGUUUCUUCUAUUUUUACUAACUUAUUUUUAGGAUGUCUUUGUAAAGUAGGUCUGUAGUUACAAAGGAUGUUUUCUUGUUUUUUGGAAGUGCUCCCCCCCCCCCCCCUCCAACAAUCAAGAUUUUAGAUGUAGUUGGAAAGUGUUUAAUGUAUUCAGUAUAGUAAACUCAUUUUCUCAUUUAAGUUUGGCCAUUUGUACAGCCCAGUACCAAUUCAAUCCAGGCAGCUGAAACUGUUUCCCUAUUUGAUUUCAAGAGACC